AUGCGGUGUAAUGCUAACACAAUUAUCUUCGACCGCGACGUUGUCCUCGUGCCCUAUCGGGAGGAGCAUGUUGCAAAGUACCAUGAAUGGAUGACGAGCUCCGAGCUCCGUGAACUCACCGCAAGUGAGCCGCUCACGCUCGAUGAAGAGUACGAAAUGCAGCGGAAAUGGCAAGUUGAUGAAGACAAGCUCACGUUCAUCAUCCAUUCCCGUCGACCACUCUCUGAACCAUCCGCUGCAGAGGAACCUUCGCCGGAGAUGAAAUGGGACUGGGACGCUUUACGCGCGAUGCCGAUGGUUGGAGAUGUUAACCUUUUCCUAAAAGAAUCACCAGAAGACGAAUACUUUGAGGCAGAGGCAGAGAUCAUGAUCGCAGAACCCACCUACCGCCGGCACGGCCUUGCACGCGCGGCAUUGGAGCUGCUGCUUUCUUACGCGGCUGCCCCAGAUGCCCCCGCACCGCUUCCAGUUCCCCGUACGCGAUUCGUUGCACGGAUCGGCGCAGAGAACGCGCCUAGCAUCGCCCUAUUCGAGAAGUUAGGGUUUGUCGUGACGAAGCGUGUGGAGGUGUUUGGAGAAGUGGAGAUGCGCUGGAAGGAAGGCAGGGGAGAGGGAGAGUGGAGGAAAGGCGAGAGAGUAGAGCUGAGGGAUGUGGAAGGAAGCGUACAGGAUUGA